AUGGCUAUUAUUCGUUUUUAUACAACUGAGGCCUGUGAUGAGGUCCAUCGCCAAAAGCUGUUGAAACUAUUGAAGGCGAACUUUUCCAACAUCAAUUCCGUGCAGGUGGAAAAAUGUUAUCAUGUAGAAACUGUCAAACCCCUUGAGGAAAAAUCGAUCACCUUAUUAAAAUGGUUGUUGAAACAUCCACAGGGUGAAGAAAAAAGUCUGUGUGAAGCGACACAACUGCCCAAGGAGACUAAAGAAUCUCUGCUAAUCGAAAUUGGUCCACGUUUUAAUUUUUCAACACCAUUUUCAACGAACUGUGUUAAUAUUUGUCAAAAUGUCGGUCUAGAAAAUGUAAUACGCCUUGAAGCCUCCGAUCGUUAUUUAAUCGGCUUUGCCGGCAAUCAACCAAAUGUUGAUAAAUUAGUAGAUCUGCUUAGUGAUCGUAUGACCGAAUGCCGUUAUACAAAAGACAAUUUGCCUGUGAAUAGUUUCAACGAACAACUGCCACAAUCUCAAGAAUCAUGGUAUAAGGUACCCGUGAUGGAAAAGGGACGCAAAGCUUUGGAAGAAGUUAAUGCCAAGCUGGGAUUGGCCUUCGGUGAUUGGGAUUUGGAUUAUUAUACAAAUCUUUUUAAAAAUAUCCUAAAGAGAGAUCCCACCACUGUGGAGUUGUUUGAUUGUGCCCAAAGUAAUAGUGAACAUUCGCGUCAUUGGUUCUUCCGUGGUAAAAUGAUUGUUGAUGGUGUGGAACAGCCGCAGUCGUUGAUACGCAUGAUCAUGGAUACCCAGAAUAAUUCGAAUCCAAAUAACACCAUAAAGUUCAGUGAUAACAGCAGUGCCAUACGUGGUUUUAAACAUGUUACCAUACGUCCACAGUGUUUUGAUGGUCCGGGACCAAUGUCUUUGGUAACGGUGGACAAUGAUUUGAUUUUCACAGCCGAGACGCAUAAUAUGCCAACGGCUGUGGCUCCUUUCAGUGGUGCCACCACUGGAACUGGUGGGCGAUUGAGAGACGUCCAAGGUGUGGGUCGUGGUGGCAUACCCAUUGCCGGUACGGCUGGCUAUUGUGUUGGCUGUUUGAAUAUUCCUGGAUAUCCUCAACCCUAUGAAAAUGCCUCCUAUGAAUAUCCAGCCUCGUUUGCCAAACCCUUAAAAGUCCUAAUCGAGGCAAGUAAUGGUGCCUCGGAUUAUGGCAAUAAAUUUGGUGAACCUGUCAUUACGGGUUUUGUAAAUUCCUAUGGCCUCACCAAUGCCCAAGGAGAACGUGAUGAAUAUGUAAAACCGAUUAUGUUUAGUGGCGGCAUGGGUACCAUGGAAUCAUCAAUGCGUCAGAAAUUUGAUCCGAAGAAGGGCAUGCUCUUGGCCAAAAUUGGCGGCCCUGUUUAUCGCAUUGGUGUGGGUGGUGGCGCAGCCAGUUCCGUUGAAGUCCAAGGUUCCAAUGACUCUUCAUUGGAUUUCAAUGCCGUCCAACGAGGAGAUGCUGAAAUGGAAAAUAAAUUAAAUCGUGUCGUAAGGGCCUGUAUUGAAAUGGGUGAUAAGAAUCCCAUUAUUGCAAUUCAUGAUCAGGGUGCUGGCGGUAAUGGCAAUGUAUUGAAAGAAUUGGUUGAACCUGGCUUUGCUGGUGCUGUAAUUUUCUCCAAGGAAUUCCAGCUAGGCGAUCCCACCAUCAAUGCCCUGGAAUUGUGGGGUGCUGAGUACCAAGAAAACGAUGCCAUUUUGUGUAAAUUUGAAGAUCGUCCUCUCUUGGAGAGUAUUUGCCGUAGAGAACGUUGCCAAAUCAGUUUUGUUGGUAUUGUCACCGGUGAUGGCCGUGUUACUCUCAUUGAAAGUGAUGCUGAUUUUGAAAAGGUCCUCAUCGAUGGCUUUGAUCGCUCUCAACUGGGUCCCAUACCAUUCGAUUUGGAGCUGAAACAUGUCCUUGGCGAUAUGCCCAAACGGGAAUAUCAAUUGCAAAGGCUGAGCAAUUCGUUGACACCUCUGCAUUUCGAUAAGAAUUUCGAUUUCGGCAAAAGUUUAGAAUUGGUGUUGAGUUUGGUGUCGGUGGGCAGUAAACGUUACUUGACCAACAAGGUGGAUCGUUGUGUUACAGGCUUGAUUGCUCAGCAGCAAUGUGUGGGCCCCUUGCAUACCCCCUUGGCUGAUUUUGGUUUGGUGACGGUGUCACAUUUCAGCAAAGAAGGUAUUGCCACUUCGUUGGGUACCCAACCCAUUAAGGGUUUGCUGGAUGCUGGAGCAAUGGCCCGUAUGAGUGUGGCUGAGGCCCUUUCAAAUUUGGUGUUUGUAAAGAUCACAGAAUUGGGUGAUGUAAAAUGUUCCGGCAAUUGGAUGUGGGCUGCCAAACUGCCUGGUGAGGGAGCUCGCAUGUUUGAUGCCUGUCAGGAGAUGUGCAACAUUAUGAAGGAGCUACGAAUUGCCGUUGAUGGUGGUAAAGAUUCUUUGUCCAUGGCAGCAAAGGUGGGUGCGCAAACUGUAAAAUCACCUGGCACCUUGGUUAUUUCAACCUACGCCCCCUGUCCUGAUGUUAGUGUAAAGGUAACCCCCGACAUUAAAGGUCCCGCCGAGAGAAAGGAAACUGUUUUGUUGUGGAUCAACAUUGAGAAUAAAUUCCGAUUGGGUGGUAGUGCCUUGGCUCAGGCAUAUGGCCAACAGGGUAAUGAGUGCCCGAAUUUGUUGAAUUCUCCGGUUUUGGUAAAUGCAUUUAACUUGACCCAACAGUUAUUGGCUGAGGGAAAAUUAUUGGCUGGCCAUGACAUCAGUGAGGGAGGUUUGUUUGUGUGUGUUUUGGAAAUGGCCUUUGCCGGUUUGUCAGGACUGGAAUUGGAUCUCACAAAUGCCCUGGCACAAAUACCAUUGGAAAAUGUUGAUGCGGCAGCAAGAACUCUACCCGAAUUGGCUGUCCUGUAUGCCGAAGAAUGUGGUUGGGUGCUGGAAGUUGAAGGCAAACAUGCCGCGGAGAUUCAACGCAAAUUCAGUGAUCUUGGUGUGCCAAAUCAUUUGAUUGGUCAACCAAAGGGCUAUGGUUUGGAUAAGUCCAUUAAAAUUACAGCCAAGGGAAAGACAGUAAUUAAAAACACUGUGAAGACCCUCUACCAACAAUGGGAACGUAUCAGUUUUGAAUUGGAAAAAUUGCAGGCAAAUGCCGAUUGUGCCAUUGAAGAAUUUAAUACCUUGGAAUAUCGUACAGGACCUAAGUAUCAAUGUUCGGUUGAUUUGAGUUCGGAAUUGAUUUUGAAGCGGGCCGCCAAGACGGUCACAGUGGCUGUGCUACGUGAAGAGGGUGUGAACAGUGAUCGUGAAAUGAUUGCCUCCCUGAUGAAGGCCAAUUUUGAUGUGCACGAUGUUACCAUGUCGGAUUUGUUGAGUGGCAAAACUUCUUUGGAUCGUUAUCGUGGUGUGGUAUUCCCCGGAGGUUUCAGUUACGCCGAUACCUUGGGUUCCGCCAAGGGUUGGGCUGCCAAUAUUAUGUUCAGUGACCUCUUGGCCCCACAAUUUUCGGCAUUUAAAAAACGCCCCGAAACCUUCUCCUUGGGUAUUUGCAAUGGCUGCCAGUUGAUGAGUUUAAUUGGCUGGGUGGGAUCUUCAAAUGAUGCCCAGGGUCAAGAGGUGAUUUCCAAACCCGAUGUUGCUUUGUUGCACAACAAAUCCGAACGUUUUGAAUGCCGCUGGUCAAGUGUAUGCAUUGGCGACAGUAAGGCCAUGAUGUUGAGUAAACUGAAGGGUUCCGUAUUGGGUUGCUGGGUGGCCCAUGGUGAGGGACGUUUCUCAUUCCGUGACCGCAAGGUGUUGGAUAAUCUGAAACAGCAAAAAUGUGUGGCAAUGCAUUAUGUCGAUGAUGAUAAUAAACCCACCGAAAUUUAUCCCAUGAAUCCCAAUGGUAGUACAGAAGGCAUAGCUGGUCUGUGCUCGGCAGAUGGUCGUCAUUUGGCUUUGAUGCCUCAUCCGGAACGUUGUCAUGCCAUGUAUCAAUGGCCAUAUGUUACGCCAGGAUUUAAUGUUAAAUCUCAAGCCAGUCCAUGGCAGGUUAUGUUUAACACCGCCUAUGAAUGGUGUACCAGCAGUUAA